AUGGAUAUUACCUUUAACUCUACCUUUAAUGAUGAAAAUAAUGCAAUGUUCAAAGAUGUUGAUCAAACUGUGAGUAUACUAUAUUCCCUCAUCCUUAUCAAAAUGUACAUGUGCUGUAAUGUAAAGUGUCAACCUGGACUCAGGGGUAGACGUAACAUUGUAAACGUAAAUCGGUCUCACUCCAUUUAGUACGAUAGGUUACAUUUCGUAUGGUAUGAAUUAAUUUAUGGAUGUCCAUCAUUCAUUUCGCAUGAUAUGUGACAAAUGACAAUUUGUAUGAUAUGUGACGAAUUGCAAUUUGUGCAGUAUGUUACAAAUUUGCAAUAUGUAUGAUAUGUUAUGAAUUCCAAUUUGUUGUGGCUAACAUUAGCUAGGUGGCUAGUUGGCUAAUUUUAGCGAGGAUAGGGGUUAGGGGUUAAGGUUAGGGUUAAGGUUAGGGUUCAGGUUAGGGGAAGGGUUAUCUAACAUGCUAAGUAGUUGCAAAGUAGCAAGUAGUUGCACACUUGCUAAUUAGCUAAAAUGCUAAAGUUGUCGAUGAUGUGAUUCGAAUACGACCCAACCAACUUCCCUCCUUUAAAGGGAAAGGAAAAGGGAAAGGGGGAUACCUAGUCAGUUGUACAAAUGAAUGCAUUCAACUGAAAUGCGUCCUCCUCAUUUAACCCAACUCCUCUGUCUUAAAGGAAAAAUCCAUGCAAAACCACUCAUUCCUUUAAUUUACUGUGUUAAAUAACACUAAUAUAUGAGAACAAUAUAUUUUGUGAACAAAUGUUACAUUUUGGCAUUAUAAUAAGGUUGGUAGCAACAUGGAAAAUCAUUGUGGAAAUCUGUUGCAUCUCAAGUCGACUACAAAAUCCACAAUGCAAUGCUCUCUCUAUGGGCGGGCUGGCUGGCUAGCUAGUUAGCAAAUGUAGCUACACACAAUAAUACCAAAGACAAUAUCAGCAUGUAAUGUAGAUAGUUAGCUGUAAAAUCACCUAAACAAACUGCACUAUCAAUUUAGGAGUCUACAAUCUCAACAUGUUUAACCUGCAGAUCGAUGUGCCUCACAGAGUGGAGUCUAACAUUAGCAACAGCAGAUAUACUUUUGAGGAGAUGGGAAACGUUUCCCAUGCUACGUCAAUGGGCGCGGUGCAUUCUGGGCAAUUCUGGGACAAGGAGCGCUCUCCAAAGAGUGAAUGGGUGUCUAUUGGGCGCUAGCAAAAAAAAAAAACAUUAGCACAAAUUUCAUUAACAAAAAUUACAACAUUACAAAUCUUUUUCGAAAUAUGAGUUAAUUAACUUGCUAUCUGUAAUAUCGUAUAGCUUUGGAAUCGUGACAUUACGCACUUUCUAGGAAAAUAGGCUUGUUUCUCGACAUAUACACUGACUUUGAGAAGGAAUUGCGUGAUGAUUAGCUUAGCAACCGCGUCACGCAGCAUGACAACGUGAGCGUGAUUGGUUGAAAGUCUGCUGGGUGGGGCGUUAUACAGUUGAAGUCGGAAGUUUACAUACACUUAGGUUGGAGUCAUUAAAACUUGUUUUUCAACCACUCCACACAUUUAUUUUUUAACAAACUAUAGUUUUGGCAAGUCGGUUAGGAUAUCUACUUUGUGCAUGACACAAGUAAUUUUUCUAACAAUUGUUUACAGAUAGAUUAUUUCACUUAUAAUUCACUGUAUCACAAUUCCAGUGGGUCAGAAGUUUACAUACACUAAGUUGACUGUGCCUUUAAACAGCUUGGAAAAUUCCAGAAAAUGAUGUCAUGGCUUUAGAAGCUUCUGAUAGGCUAAUUGACAUCAUUUGAGUCAAUUGGAGGUGUACCUGUGGAUGUAUUUCAAGGCCUACCUUCAAACUCAAUGCCUCUUUGCUUGACAUCAUGGGAAAAUCAAAAGAAAUCAGCCAAGACCUCAGAAAAAUAAUUGUAGACCUCCACAAGUCUGGUUCAUCCUUGGGAGCAAUUUUCAAAUGCAUGAAGGUACCACGUUCAUCUUUACAAACAAUAGUACGCAAGUAUAAACACCAUGGGACCACGCAGCCAUCAUACCGCUCAAGAAGGAGACACGUUCUGUCUCCUAGAGAUGAACGUACUUUGGUGCAAAAACUGCAAAUAAAUCCCAGAACAACAGCAAAGGACCUUGUGAAGAUGCUGGAGGAAACAGGUACAAAAGUAUCUACAGUAAAGCAAGUCCUAUAUCGACAUAACCCGAAAGGCCGCUCAGCAAGGAAGAAGCCACUCCAAAAUCGCCAUAAAAAAGCCAGACUACGGUUUGCAACUGCACAUGGGGACAAAGAUCGUACUUUUUGGAGAAAGGUCCUCUGGUCUGAUGAAACAAAAAUAGAAUUGUCUGGUCAUAAUGACCAUCGUUAUGUUUGGAGGAAAAAGGGGGUUGCUUGCAAGCCGAAGUACACCUUCCCAACUGUGAAGCACGGGAUUGGCAGCAUCACGCUGUGGGGGUGCUUUGCUGCAGGAGGGACUGGUGCACUUCACAAAAUAGAUGGCAUCAUGAGGAAGGAAAAUUAUGUGGAUAUAUUGAAACAACAUCUCAAGACAUCAGUCAGGAAGUUAAAGCUUGGUCGCAAAUGGGUCUUCCAAAUGGACAAUGACCCCAAGCAUACUUCCAAAGUUGUGGCAAAAUGGCUUAAGGACAACAAAGUCAAGGUAUUGGAGUGGCCAUCACAAAGCCCUGACCUCAAUCCUAUAGAACAUUUGUUGGCAGAACUGAAAAAGCGUGUGCGAGCAAGGAAGCCUACAAUCCUGACUCAGUUACACCAGCUCUGUCAGGGGGAAUGGGCCAAAAUUCACCCAACUUAUUGUGGGAAGCUUGUGAAAGGCUACCCAAAACGUUUGACCCAAGUUAAACAAUUUAAAGGCAAUGAUACCAAAUACUAAUUGAUUGUAUGUAAACUUCUGACCCACUGGGAAUGUGAUGAAAGAAAUAAAAGCUGAAAUAAAUCAUUCUCUCUACUAUUAUUCUGACAUUUCACAUUCUUAAAAUAAAGUGGUGAUCCUAACUGACCUAAGACAGGCAAUAUUUACUAGGAUUAAAUGUCAGGAAUGGUGAAAAACUGAGUUGAAAUGUAUUUGGCUAAGGUGUAUGUAAACUUCCGACUUCAACUGUACGUGCCUUCAUUCAUUCGAUUCCUAUCUCCUUUCUAUAAUAUCUCUGGCAACGGCACCAUGCAAUACACCCUGGACUAGAGGCAGACAAAUAGGAAAAAUGUGCUAGACGCUCUGUUAAAUUACACAUUUCUCGAGGUAGGAGUAUCGCAAAAUUAUGAUCAAUGGCUCAUUCGAGAGAAGACAUCCCCUCGAAUUAUGACUUCGUCUGUAUGAUAGACAUUUUCGCGAUCUAAAUGUCUUAUUCCUAUUAACUGCCAGUGUAGUGAGAGCAAUUUUAUGACGUUGCUACAUCAUACCGGCCGGAUUUCUACCUGCUUGAAUGCCAAUAACUCAGAUACACAUGAAAACAUGAAAUAACCCAGGGAAUCGAUAGAACAACACUCAGAGCAGCACAAAAACAAUAUAGCAUUCAAAAUGGGUGAACCUUUCUUUUAAGCUGGGUGUACACUACACACGAUUUUGGCCCCGAUUUAGCUGUCCCAGACCCAUGGUGCACACACUGGUUGGAUCAACGUUGUUUCCAUGUAAUUUCAGUGAAAUUACGUUGAACAAACGUGGAAUAGAUGUUGAAUUGACGUUUGUGCCCAGUGGGAAGUCUUUGAGAUCUGAGACAAAAUGCGGCUGUCACCUACGCUCGUUUAAUGUGAGCCGGUCAGAGACUCAAUCUGAGGACUACCGAUCCCAUCUUUGAGCCAUCCCAGACGUCCCAAUAUUUUCAAACAUGUUUGAUUUUAUCGGCACAAAAUCUGCAACGCUCUUGUAGUGUGAGAUGUGCAAAGACAAGUUUUAGGAACGGUGAUCAGCAGUAACCAAUGAGAGCUCACCAGAGAAGAGGUCAAAGAUGAUGACGUUGUAUCGCAUCACCUGGAAUGUGUAGACUCUAGAACAGGAGCGAUGACUACUACUAGUAUGCGUUUGUAAAUUGCCUUUACCAAAGCCAAAGUGUCAAAUCAUUACAGCUCUUUAGUUCACAAGCAAUGUUAUUCAAUUCAAAAUGGAUUGGCUAGAUAUUUCAACUCUGUAUGGCAAGCGUGAAUUUCUGAUUGAAAACGUUUAUGAGGCCACUCUGAGCCACAGCUCGUUCUAGCAACGUUAACAAUCUAAUCACAUCAUCACACCAUUGUUUUCGCGAGACAGUUUGAUAUGGAGAAUCCUCACAACCAAGUGAAGAAUUGUGUAUUGUGUGACCCCCUAUAUGUGCCACAUCAUUUAGUGUGCGCACCACUACCUUGACAAAAAAAAAAAAAAAACUACAGGAAAGACUGUCGUUUAUUGUGAGAGGCGCUGUGAUGUUAGGAUUUUGAAAGUCAUGUUGUGUACGCCCGGCAUUAUGUAACCAUACCAAACGUAACAUAUCAUACUAAUUUGAGUGUCACAGAUUUACAUGUACUACUGAUGUAGGAUCUUAAUUUGAUCACCCCGUUGCAGGACAACUUUCCAAAACUUGUAGUGUAUUUGAGGUUUAAAAAGGCUUCUGAAGUUUUAAUUCCCACUUUGAAAUUUCAGACUUGAUUUUGCCUCACAAAAAAUGUAUCAACCCCUACAAAAAUGUCCAUGAAUUAUAAUCCACAUUCCUUGUCGGAUUAUUUUCCUGCUGUAGCAAACUGGCUCCAAUUAAGAUCCUACAUCUGUAUGUUACGUCUAUUCCUUGAAGAAAGGCUGGAAGUGUUGCCAUCAUUUAAUUUGUCUAAUCCAUUCACCAACACAUGUUUCUGGUUUCAGUUCAUGUCCUUUUCAAGUCUUUUUUUAAAUCACUCUUGAUCAAUAAUAAUUUCACUGUCUCACACAGAUCAGAGACGUAUAUAAGAGAAACAUGCGAGGCUUCAUAUCAGCAAAGUUAAAUAGGUUUAAGUAAGUUUUGCCCCUGUGUUAUUACCUCAAGCCUUCAUUUCAUGUGCUGAUAAUUUGAAUAUUCGAAUACUAAAUGUCACCUUAAAUUUAGCCAAUUUCUCAACGUUCAGUAUAAUGUAUAAUUUCAAUCCCAGGUGAUUUAGUUGCACAAAUGUAAUGAAUUGAAGGUUGCUUAGCAGAGUUGAAAUGCUAACACUUUAAACUGUGGCCCAAAAUGUCCAAUAUAAUAAAUAGAUUUUCAGUAUAUGCCCAAGAGACAAGAUUUUCCCCUCAAAAUGAAAAGGAUUUGGGAUUGACGUUAUACAGUGUAUAUAUUGGCUACUUUUACUAAUGUACACAUGCAUGCUAUUCAUUUGUGGAUAUGCAAUGUUUUCUGAUUUUUUUCUCCACAUGAAUAGGAGUGGAAGUGUAAUUUCAGAUUUUACUGUUAUGACAACAAUUGUCGAUAAUGAGGAAAUUGCAAAAGCAAAAGAUGACAUUGUCUCAACAAUUGGAGAAAAAUAUAAAAUACGUAAGUACUUGAUUAGGUUAGUAUUUGGUGGAUUUGGUGGAUCAUUCUGAACAUACCACUGUAGUGGUGGUUGUGGCUCAGCCAGGUUUGACUGUAGUGGUAGUUAUGGCUCUCAGCCAGGGUAGACUGUAGUGGUAGUUAUGGCUCAGCCAGGGUAGACUGUAGUGGUAGUUAUGGCUCAGCCAGGGUAGACUGUAGUGGUAGUUAUGGCUCAGCCAGGGUAGACUGUAGUGGUAGUUAUGGCUCUCAGCCAGGGUAGACUGUAGUGGUAGUUAUGGCUCAGCCAGGGUAGACUGUGGUGGUAGUUAUGGCUCUCAGCCAGGGUAGACUGUGGUGGUAGUUAUGGCUCUCAGCCAGGGUGGACUGUAGUGGUAGUUAUGGCUCAGCCAGGGUAGACUGUAGUGGUAGUUAUGACUGUAAGUCGCUUUGGAUAAAAGCGUCUGCUAAAUGGCAUAUUAUAUAUUAUAUAUUAUAUUAUAUUAUUAUUAUAUAUAUAUUAUAUUAUGUACCAAGUUAGUUAUUACUUGUCCUGAAAUAAAUUCAAAAAAUAAUUUAGAUCAGUUUAAACUGUGGCAGCAGGACAUGUCAAUUCAUUUUAGAUUAAUGUGCACUUGCUUGCAUUGCUUGUGUGCUUUAAAAAUAUUGUCACAAUAAUUGCAGUUAUAUUCGACUUCAUGUAAUCACAUUAUUCAUAACAUGUAUCUAUCUAUAAAAUUAAAAUUAGAAAUAUUGUAUAAAAUAUAUUGUGUAUUUAUAUAUUUAAGUUGUGGAGUAGUAUUUUCACGUCAUGAUUUCACAAAUCCUAUGCCAUUUCUCUCCAGGGUUUACCUGCUUGAAUAAUACGAUCUUUGGCAAUGGACAAGUUAAUGAAAUAGUUGUAGCUAACUGCAAAUCGGAUGAAGUGGGUUACAAGACUGCUAUUUGUCAAGAAAAUGGAACUUUUUCAGUUCGGGAGAACAACUGUGUCUUAAAAGAAAUUGAAAACCUAUUUCUUUUAUCUCAGGUAAUAUAUUAACAUAAAAACAUGUUUCACUGGAUAUAAAAUAUACUGGAUAUAAAAAUUGUUUAGUAAUGAUGCUAUUGCUUUGUUGCAGUACUGUGUAUAGCAUCAAUUCUUAAAUACAUGUGUAUUAUAUCUUUCUUUCAUCACUUUAAAUCCACACAGACUUUAGUGGGGACUGAUCUUCCAGGCUUUUUGGAAAGACUCCGCAACAGCACUUUUAACCUCCUAGCUAGAAUAGUUGCAUCACCUGCAACUAUUUCUAUUAUUGUUGAUAUUCUAAAAAAUGUUGCAAAUGUGUCCCGAAGUACCCCAAUUAACAAACCAUUGAUGACGGUAUGUUGACAUCAACAGCAUCACUUUAACUCAUUUUCAAAAUGUGCCAUUUAAAGAUAUUCUAAUACUAAUUUAUUAUUACACCCUUAAAAGUUGAAUUAGAGCACAUACAGCAUCAUUUUUUAUUAGGUUUUCAAUAAUCCUAUACAAAUUCUGAUUUCUAUCUUGAUCUCUAGAAUUUUCUGGAAACGGCAGGUGUACUAACUUCAAAUGGAGCUAAAGCCUCCUGGGAUGUUCUAAACACCAACCUCACCAAAAACGAAAACUCAGUCUUUCUGGGCACCUUUGAAACAAUUUCCAAUUUUCUUACCAAUGACUUUUUUGACAUAGAAACGCCAAGCAUUAUUUUAAACAAAACCCCAGUCAACAACUCAGUCAACAACUCAUUCAAUUUAAACUCGUCUGUUCUGAUAGACAUACCGGCAUCUGAAGCUUCCUUCAAUUCAAUCACCAUAAUAACAUUUGACUCCUUGAAUAAUGUUUUACCCGCAAGAAACAGUAGCAGUCUGAACGACAGUGUCAACUCCAUCAACGGAAAAGUAGUUCUGGUGAAGGUGAAUGGCACAAUCAAGAAUGUGACUUUCAGUUUUGCCGUACUGAACAAGACACUGGGCAAUCCUCAGUGUGUUUUCUGGAACUUCAGCCUUUUUGACGGACUUGGAGGAUGGGAUGAUAAUGGAUGUGAACUGCAGUCUGAUGAGAAUGGCACUGUCACCUGUCACUGUAAUCAUCUGACCUCCUUCUCCAUUUUGAUGUCGCCUUUCAUUCCGGAUGCGUUUCGAGCCGCUUUGGAUUUUAUCACUUACAUUGGAGUUGGCAUAUCAAUGGGUUGCUUGGUCGUGUGUCUCAUCAUUGAGAUGUUGGUAUGGAAUGCUGUGACUGGAAACAACACGUCUUACAUGCGUCAUGUCUCUAUAGUUAACAUCGCCUUGUCCCUUCUGAUUGCUGACAUCUGGUUCAUUAUUGGUGCAGCAAUUUCAGAAUAUGACCAAAAAAAUGUACCUGCGUGUUCCGCAGCAACGUUUUUCAUCCACUUUUUCUACCUGGCUCUGUUUUUCUGGAUGCUGGUCUCAGGCCUUUUGCUGCUCUACCGGACUGUAAUGGUUUUCUCUCACAUGUCUAAACCAGCAAUGUUGGCCUUCAGUUUUUUUUUGGGAUAUGGAGCACCCAUCAUCAUUGCUGUCAUAACUAUCGCAGUUACAGCGCCAGUGAAAGAAUACAUCAGAGAUAAUGAUGGGGUUUGCUGGCUCAACUGGACAGAGUCAAUGGCCCUCCUGGCUUUUGUGAUCCCUGCCCUGACCAUAGUGGUCAUCAACCUUUUGAUCCUGAUUGUGGUUCUGUACAAAAUGCUGACGAGAGGUGUGGGGGAUGUUACCCAACCAGAUGAGAGAAAUGCUGUGGUGGUCAUCGCCAGGUGUCUGGCCAUUCUGACUCCCUUCUUUGGUACUACCUGGGGACUAGGAGUAGGAACCAUGACUAACCCAGAAAACCUAGGAAUCCAUAUUGUGUUUGCAAUCUUCAAUUCAUUACAGGUAUUUACCUCAGUUAAAUAACACUAGUAAUGAACUGUUCCUCAGUGAAAUACAAUAGACUUGAACGAUUAUUUUAAAAACUGCAUCAAAUUCCCAAUGGCAUGUUAUACUAAAUUAAGAUUUGGAUUAAUGUUUACAAUUAAAUAUACUGUACUUUGGUGUAGUAAUUCCAUCCUUCACCAUGUUAUCCUUCAAAGGGUUUGUUCAUCUUGGUAUUUGGAACACUUUUGGACAAAAAGGUAUGUUCCUGACACACUUACUGAUACCCCUCUAAUUAUGUAUUGGAAUGUGCUGUGUACUGACAAUUCAUAUUUUUGAUGAAUUCCCUGCCUGCGUUUUCAGAUCCGGGAAGCUCUGACAGGAAUGUCACAAGUGUCCUCCAACCGCACAAGGGUAAGGGCUUAUGUGUUGCUGGCCACAACAAGUUUAUUACACUAUUGUCUAUGCUUCCUCAUUUGAUCAUUUUAUUGUAUUUAUCACUGUGUUGAACAUGUUAAGAAGUUUACUACCUUUAAGAUAGUAUUUAAUGUUUUAUGUUUUAUUCUCGUUUCAGACCACAAAUGCUACAACAUCAUCGACAAGUGGUUUGGGCUUUUUCCGGAUACGGAGGAGAAGUAAGUAUAUAGUGUAAAGUAAUACUCUUAGGCAAUUGGGCACAACUUCACAUUAAGUUGCCCUUAUACUGCAGUAUUUAGUGCCAUUGUUUGAACUAUUGUUCCUACUGUUCCAGAUAUUUUCAACAUUUCAGCAGCUCCAACAUACAGCACUACUGGUGCAUCAGAGACUUUCAUCAACACUUAA